AUGGAGGCAUUACCGAACCCGUCGAUCGUACUCACCACCUCAACCGACGACGCUUCAUCCGUGCGCCAAUCCCCGGCCUUCAGCGAAGACACCUUCAUCACCAUCCACUCGACUUCUACACGCGCAUCCUCCAUCGUCGGCCUUCCCGAUCGGCCCAUAACUUCAGGACCGAGGUUAUUGGGUGAGGUUGGGAGCUCGAGCGCUCGGUCGAGUCCGCUUCUGGGAUCGAGUGUGAAUGGGGAUGUCCCGCCGCUUUUGAAGUCAACGAAGUCGCAUAGCGCGGUUGAGAAGUUGCGGGCUGAUCGGGCGGACGAGUGCGGAGAGGAUCUUUCGACACCUACUGCGGGGAAUGAGGUAUCGAAGGAGGCGAAAAAAUUGAGAGCAGAAUCCGGAGAUGGGUUGGGCACGGAGGGGACGGAGGGUCUGGGCAGUCCAUCACAACCCGAGGUAAUGGAGGCUCCUUCUUGCUCGAUCGAGGAUAGUGGGUUAUCUCGGGGGCAGAAGGUCGGGAAUGAUAAGAAAGAAAAUGGAGAAGGCGGUGAGACAUCAGGUUUCGAUAGAUUCAAAUUGCCGACCAAGGACGAAUUGCGAGGUCGGUCUGCGCAUGCCUCAUUCACAGAGAAAGGGGCUUGGCUGACGAAGCUGUGACAUGUCCGUUCUCAGCUGCUGGAAUCUGCUUGUUAGCGGACGAAAAUGGACGUAACGUAACCUUCGAUUCGUUGGUCCAGGCACGAGGGAAGGUCGUCGUCGUCUUUCUUCGGCAUCUUUGUGAGUUUCGGAAAUGUCGAAGCGAGGGAGCGGAGCCUACUCUGAUCACUUUGAUGAUUCGCAGGGUGUGGUCUGUGCGCUCAAUGUGAGUACUCUCGUAUGCCUGUCUUACUGUAAGUAUAACUCAUUACGAUUCUUCUACGGAUCCACAGACGUCGUUGCCCUCAAAUCUGCAACCGAGAACCUGGCCCAAGCGUCCACCUCCCAACUCUCAACCGAAUCCAUGUACACACCACCUCCACUCUACAUUCUCUUAAAGACGUUAGGGAUGACACUCAAGACGCUUUCGUUGGGGAAAGAGGAGGAUAAAGGGUCGUAUGUGACCAAAAGUAAUUUGGGGAAUGUGAUUGAUAGUGCGAGAAAUGGGUUGGCGAUGCGACGGUAUCCUGGGUCGCAGAAGCAAUUGGGGGGAGAAUUUGUCAUGGUAUGGAAUGGUACGUUGCGCUCCGGGAUCGGUUGAGGAUAAAGGCGGCUAGAUCGACAUAUCUGACCUCGUAUUCAUUUCUGUCAUCGUGGUAUGUAGACGAAACGGGACAGAUGGAGUGCACGUAUGCCAGUCGGAUGAACAGCACGCGGUCUCACAGCGAGGUAGGUCUCUUGCUGCGCUGCGUUGACUCGUGCUCGGAAAGGGAUGGGAGGCUGACCGAGAUCUCCUUGCACAACAGGUCCGAGACCUCUUCUCAGCUGCAGGAGUGCACUUGGAUAGCAUCGACGAGGCUUCUAUCUUCAGCGAGAGUCAGCACGAAGGCUUAUGA